GGUUUUUGGCAUUCGAAUCUCUCGUCUUCUCUUGUUUUCCACCCACAACGAUAAACACAUACCAUUCUAUUAUUAUUUUUUUCCUUGUAGGUGCUUAACGCACACAUCUUCCACUUCUUCCGUCGCCAGAGUUUAUUGUCAUCUCUCUACACUCUUGCCGGCGAAGCAUGAAGAAUGCACUCUUCGCACUGUGCCUUUUUGUGGCCGCCCAAGUUUCUUGGGAGGCAUUUGGGGCUCGCGGCUUGUGCCAGUACUUCUGCGCCAGGAGUGACUCUUGCAGCUGGGACACAAACUGCAAGUGCUACAUGGAGCACUACGGCAUCAACCUCGACCGGCCGUCUCUAUUCGUGCAGGAGGGCCAGAGUUACGGCCUGAACAGGAGCUUCUUCGACGGUGACGCUGCGGAUGUGAACUGGACCGAUGUCGCCCAGCAUAGGUUUCUGCUUUUAGACCAAAUCCAGCAGCCACGGGCCGUGGAUCUGGGAUCGUAUUGGAACGCCUUCGCGAACAGGUACGCGGCGCUCACAGAGGAAGUCGUCAUUCCUGUCUGGGUACAGGUUUUGAAUUCCAUGGUCACCACCACCGGAUCCAGCAUCUCGCACUACAUGACCACAACAAGGGUGGACCAGAACAAUGACUUCAGGGGCUAUCGUGGACGCGACUCCACGAGUGGAAACAACAGGGGCUAUUGCGGGAAUGGUCCCUUUGACCAUGCGUCGGUAGACUACGUGGGGAGUGCCUCCUUCAAGUUAACGCUGACAGGUAGCAUCUUCUCUGUCUGUUUCGAUGGGAACGGCAAUAGAUAUGGUGCACCUAGGUAUGGAGACACUGUAUGGCAGGAGGCGUGGUCAGACGCGACCUGUUAUUUCUAUGAGGCGGGGAGUGAGAUGGUUCCAACGAGUAGCAAUUGUGUUGGUGAUUCCAACUGCCGCAGGCUCGUAAACCCGACCUACCACGUCAUAGCUUUCCACAGCUCCCCCGACAGCUUUAACCUGGAUAGUGAGGUGUGCGCCCCGAUGCGGGCGAGGCUGAGGAAUGCGGCCGAACACCUAGCGGCGGACUCUAGGGCUAUCGGGAAUGGAGAUAUCUGCCGCAAUGGCCUCAUCUAA